CGAUUGACAACGGACAUGGAAUCCAUCAUGAUGUCGAACAUUUCUUGCGACGGUUGCAUUGACAGUGAUCGUGACUCCGACUCUAACAGUAUGAUUGUGGAUCCAGUGAGUCUUGAUCAGAAAGCCUUGUCACCCCGUCCAGUAGGUAAUAUGAAUGUAACCUCACAUCUAAUAGCAUCAGCAACAACAGCUGUUCGCAAUCGUAACAAUAGAAACAUCAAGAAGACGUAUUCGAUGAUGUCGUCCAAUCAGAAGAUGGGGCAGUCGUCAUCGUAUCCUUCUGAAAAAGUUAGCUCCUCUCAAAUAAAACCACCGUAUUCUUACAUCGCAUUGAUAACGAUGGCGAUUCUUCAAUCACCUCAGAAGAAGCUCACAUUGAGCGGUAUCUGUGAAUUCAUAAUGGCGAGAUUUCCAUAUUACCAUGAAAAAUUUCCCGCCUGGCAGAACUCAAUCAGACACAAUCUCUCCCUGAACGACUGUUUUAUAAAGAUACCGAGGGAGCCGGGUAAUCCGGGCAAGGGUAACUACUGGACACUGGAUCCUCUUGCUGAAGACAUGUUCGAUAAUGGAAGCUUCUUGCGUCGGAGGAAGCGAUACAAAAGGCCGCCACCGCACUAUGUCCUUCGAGAUCGUGCUAUCAUGGCGACGUUUGCCAUAUGUGGCGACAGAUCCGGAUGUCCUGGAGGCAAUCAUCCUGGUAGUUUAGGGUAUCCUGCGACUUACCUGACCCCUCCACCACGACUUCCACUUUUGGAUUUUCCACCGUCGGCCUUGGAGGCACUCAAGUUGGGCGGUUUUCUCGAACCGCCACCACCACUCUACAAGCCGGUACCGAUCUCAGCGCCACCGCCGCAGAUUCGGCAUCUAGUUGGCAGUCCGCCAUUGCAUCAGUCAUCGUCAUCGCCAAUGUCGGCGGUUGUUCCGAUGUCAGCGGUGCAUUCUGGGCGGCAUGCCAUCACGGGGAGUCCUGGGGUUGCGGAGAAGAGAGCUAGUUUUAGCAUUGAUGCACUCAUUGGGAAACAAGCGGCAACGGAACAGGUGAUCGGGGGACUACUGGAUCUCAGUCCGCCGGAGCAUCGGGAAAUCAGGAGCCAAGCGUCGGCAUUUUCACCGCUUGUUUAAUGAGUUUUCGUUGAGUGUGGAUUUUUCAAUUUCGAGAUAUGGUUUUUAUUUGUAGUGGAUUAUUAUUUUUUCGUUGCGGACUGGAGAGAUCUCUAGAUAAUAAUAAAUGCCCUGUAAAUAUGCGGAUCCGUGGUCUUAUGGUUAUAAAGCACAUGAUCAUGAUUGGAAUUUUGACAUUUGGUUGUUGUCAAUCUUUUUCUGAAUUGGGAUAUACGCGAAAAGAAUCAUUAUUGAAAAGUAUUGCACUUUAACACUAUUCGAAUAAAUAAUCUUGUAAAUAUUGAUCGGGUUUAGAUGGAACAGGAGUCACCCAUUCAUUUAAAAUGAAUGACGAUGCAAUUGUGGUUACAAAAUUAUCAGUGAAUAGGUCAUAUUCAUUCCAAGUUUUGGUUGUAAUGUAUAUAUGCAAUAAGGACAAAAUGUAAAUCAUCCAUUUCUUGAAGCCAUAAAAACUAUCUCUCAUGAGAACUGGUUUAUCACUGAUACCUUAAGUGUAAGUAUGACUUAGAAUCUGUUAUUUAUUUUCUAGAUACAAAGAAUGUGAAUCUAGGGUCGAGAUGUUUACUUUCUUGAAGAACAAAACCAACAAAUUAUAUUAUUGGUCACUAUAAACAUGCCGUGCAUUUCAGAGAGCAAAUAACUUAUCUGUAUUGAGUAAGAUAAAACAGUAUUGAGUAUGAAUUUCUAAGAAGAAAAGGAAUAUUCAAGUAUUUCUUCUCUUUGUCUAGUUGUGAUGAGAAUUACCAGAAACAGAAAAAUGUAAAAUACCGCGGAGACAACUGUUCAAAAAUAACGAUUUUUUGACACGUGCAAUAAUUUAAAAAAAUAUUAGCAGAAUUUAUGAAGUUGACAUGCGCUCGAACGAGAAAAAAAUUUGCGUACAACAAACUAAAUCUCGAAAAACCACUGUUGACAAGUGGAUGCAUGACACUUUUUUGCGAUAAGAUGAAACAACAACCGCGCAACUAAUGUACCGACGAUUACAUAUAGACUUGAAUGUGUAGUCUGAGUGAGUGACAUUGUCUUCAAUUUUAUGAUCCGUCGCGAGACUCAACUAUGAGUUUUUUCUCGAAAUAGUUUAUAUUAUAAAUAAUAAGAGAUUUGUGUCAACAAAAACCCAAAAUCAUAGAUUUAUUAAUUAAAAGGUAUGAUAAUAAAAUGUAUACUGAACUGUA